GUGGGCGGGGCGGGGCGGCGGCAGUGCGCAGGCGCGGGAUGGCGGGCCGGGGGAAGCUGAUCGCGGUGGUGGGCGAUGAGGACACCUGUACCGGGUUCCUGCUCGGGGGGGUCGGGGAGCUCAACAAACACCGGAGGCCCAACUUCCUGGUGGUGGAGAAAGAGACGAGUGUCGCGGAGAUCGAGGAGACCUUCAAGGGCUUCCUGAGCCGGGACGACAUUGGGAUCAUCCUGAUUAACCAGUACAUUGCGGAGAUGAUUCGGCACGUGAUCGACGCUCACACCCUGUCCAUCCCGGCCGUGCUCGAGAUCCCGUCCAAGGAGCAUCCGUAUGACGCUGCCAAGGACUCCAUCCUGCGCAGAGCCAAGGGCAUGUUUACCACCGAUGACUUCCGCUAGUGCCCGGCUAGUCAUCUCCAGCUCUGCUUUCCCUGUGCUUUACCCACACCCUUGCCUGCUGCCCUGAGGCUCAUUCCUCCUCUUCCCCCCCCCCUCCGCAUGCGCUGCCCUGGGACUCGUUCCCCCUCCCCCGCUACCCUGAGGUAGUCCCCCACCCCUUCCCCUUAUCUCCGCGGGGUGAGAGCUGAACUCACAUCCCAGAGGUGGUCUCGGCCUCAGUGUUGUUACACUGGCUGCUGUGUUCCAAUAUCCUGCUGAGUGUUUCCUGUAGGAGCACUGCGAUGAGCUCCCUCUCAGUCAGUAUGUUCCUGAGCAGCGAGUGCUGACAAUCCGUGUGGUUGGGCUAAGACGAUUCCAGCAUCAGAGACCAGGUAUACACAGUUCCACCACUCUGUGUUAUACAAUCCCAGGGCUCCGUGUUAUUUUCAAUCCCCGUGUUAUACUCAGUUCUGCCUCUGCAUGUUAUACACAAAGCUGCUCCUGAGCGGUAUUGUGUUCGUCCAGUCUGUUUUUGAUGUCGAUCAUGAAAUAAAACAGCUAAUCUUC